UAUUAUUAUUAUUAUUAUUACUCUGUUAGUGGGUGCUCUGCCUCUGUUACUCUUUAGUCUAUGAAGAAAAUGUGUUAAAAUUUGAGGUUAUUUGCGUGUUUUUGUGAAUUUUUAUUUUUCAUUUUCUUUAAAAUGAAUGAAAUAAUUGUAGGAACAUAUGAAGGCUUUUUAUUAGGUUAUUCACUGCGAUCAGAAGAUGAAGAAACGAAAUUAAAACAAACUUUUGCCACACAUUCACAUACAGCAUCCGUGCGAUGCGUAUCUAUUGCUGGGAAGUUCCUCGCAUCGGGAGGGACUGAUGAUAAAGUUGUUGUUAUAGACUUGAAGACCCGUAAAGAACAUACGGUUUUAAUGAACCACGAUGGGACGAUUAAUACAGUGGCAUUUACUCACGGCGGUACGCACCUCCUCACCGGCAGUGAUGAUGGGAGCAUCACUGUGACUCGGACAGGCAACUGGCAGAUUGAAAAGAUUUGGAAAAAGGCCCAUGGUGGACAACCAGUCACUGCUAUCUCUGUUCAUCAGUCAGACAAAUUGGCUUUAAGCAUUGGUGGGGAUAAAACUCUUCGUACAUGGAAUUUAAUUAAGGGUCGACCAGCCUUUACCAUAAACUUAGCCAGCAAAGGAGUCAGCAUGCCUACUGAAAUAAAGUUUUCACCUGGUGGAGAUAGAUUUUCUCUUGUUUCUUUACAAAAUGUUGAUGUAUGGACAAUAAGUAAAGCAGGUUUAGAGAAACGUUUGACUUGUAAUUCAAAACCGACAACCGUACAAUGGAUUGAUGAUGACACAAUGUUUGUUGGUCUAGAAACUGGUAAUAUUAUUAACUUCAAAGUAUCAGAAACACAAGCGGAGACAUGUCAUGCUCAUAAACAGAGAGUCAAGUGUUUGCAUUAUGAAAAUAACACCUUGUAUUCAGCAUCAAGUUCUGGGGAACUUAAAGCAUGGUCUGUAAGUGAUAAUAAGCUUAAAGAGGUGUGCUCAUUAAAUGCUGCUUGUAGAGUCACUUGCAUAGCAUUAAAUAGACAAAAUAUUUUAAUUAAGAAGGAAGACUCUGACAGUGAAAAUGAUAAUGCAAAAAGUGAGUCUAAAAAGGAUGACAGUGAUAUAUCUGAUAAUGAUAACAAAACAUAUGUUUCAUCAAAAAAGAGGAAGCCAGGGGCAUUUGUUACUAUAAGUUAUGACAAUGAAAAUGCAGAGGAAAUCUCUAGUGUGACAGAGCCAUCUGUGAAAAAAGCAAAAAGGAAAAGAAGAAAUAAAAAGAAGAAUAAAAGUGAUGACUAAUUAAAUGGUUUUUUAUUUUUAUUUCUCUGUAUUUUUUUAUUCAUCUCUAUCAUAGAUAAAUGGUGUCGAUUCAGAUGUUUUUCUCUUAACUAAAUUUUGAAUAUCUGCAUCUUUUUCUUUUUAAUAUUGCUAA